CGUGCCUGCGGCCACAGGGCACGGACAGGUGAAGGCUACCGUCCCCGUGGGGUGGACCUACCGGAAUAGGGAUGUCGGGACUCCGCCGGAUGGUUUCCCGGAGCCUCCCGGCGCUCACGUCCCUUCCCGGAACAGAUGAUCUUUGCACAGCGGCUGUGCGCCGCGCCUAUGAAGAGACAGAUAGUCGCGGGCGCCCGCCCAGCCCUGCGGGGGUGGGGGUCGCCCCUGGGCCUUCCCGCCCCGCAGCCGGAGGACCUGAUGAACAUGCAGCACUGCAAUCUCUUGUGCCUGCCCGAGAACUACCAGAUGAAGUACUACUUCUACCACGGCCUCUCCUGGCCCCAGCUCUCUUACAUCGCAGAGGAUGAGAACGGGAAGAUUGUGGGGUACGUCCUCGCCAAAAUGGAGGAGGAUCCAGAUGACGUGCCCCAUGGACAUAUCACCUCCCUGGCUGUGAAGCGUUCCCACCGGCGCCUCGGCCUGGCACAAAAGCUGAUGGACCAGGCCUCCCGAGCCAUGAUAGAGAACUUCAAUGCCAAAUACGUCUCCCUGCAUGUCAGAAAGAGUAACCGGGCCGCCCUGCACCUCUAUUCCAACACCCUCAACUUUCAGAUCAGCGAAGUGGAGCCUAAAUACUACGCAGAUGGGGAAGAUGCGUACGCGAUGAAGCGGGACCUCACCCAGAUGGCUGAUGAGCUGAGGCGGCACCUCGAGCUGAAGGAGAAGGGCAGGCACGUGGUGCUGGGCUCCAUCGAGAACAAGGUGGAGAACCGAGGCAACUCGCUUCCAAGCUCGGGAGAGGCCUGCCGUGAGGACAAGGGCCUGGCUGCUGAAGAUAGCGGUGGUGACAGCAAGGAUCUGAGCGAGGUCAGCGAGACCACAGAGAGUACCGAUGUCAAGGACAGCUCAGAGGCCUCCGACUCGGCCUCCUAGAGCCUGCACUUGCCCUCCCCCCCCCUCCCCCAACCCGCCCCUCCUGUCCUCGCCCUCGAGGUUUCACAAUAAACUUCACCCAGUGGCCUUGG